GUCAUUUCCUGUUGACGUUGAUUUUCCCGCGCUGCUCACAGGUUCAGCGGGAGAAGUCGGCUGUCAUUGAGAAGCAAGCAACACUGAUCGUUUUAAACAUGACGUCCUCGGAUUACGAUCCAGCUUGUUUACCUGACCUGUUACCGCUUUAUUAUCGCCGACUAUUCCCAUUUCCACAAUACUACCGCUGGUUAAGUUAUGGCGGGGUGUCUAAAAACUAUUUCCACAACCGUGAGUUUUCCUUCACAUUGAAAGAUGACAUAUAUGUGAGAUAUCAGUCGUUCAGCACACAGAAUGAGCUGGAGAAAGAGAUGCAGAAAAUGGUUCCCUACAAGAUUGAUAUUGGAGCAGUGUACAGCCACCGGCCCAGUCAACACAACACUGUGAAGUCUGGAACUUUCCAGGCCCUGGAGAAAGAGUUGGUGUUUGAUAUCGAUAUGACAGACUAUGAUGAUGUCAGAGGGUGCUGCAGUGCUGCUGAUAUCUGUUCCAAGUGUUGGACUUUAAUGACAAUCGCUAUUCGUAUUCUGGACCGGGCACUGCGAGAUGACUUUGGCUUCCAGCAUCUUCUGUGGGUGUACUCUGGUAGAAGAGGAGUGCAUUGCUGGGUUUGUGAUGAUGCUGCUAGGAAGCUUUCAGUGGCUGCACGGUCUGCUGUAGCAGAGUACCUCAGUUUAGUUAAGGGGGGUGAGGAUACAGUAAGGAAAGUUAUACUCUCAGAUCCAAUCCAUCCUUUCAUCAGUCAAUCUCUAGCUGUCGUCGAACGCUAUUUCCCACAGUAUGCCAUUGUUGGACAGGACAUACUGGGCAGUAAGGAGAGCAUCGAAAAAGUGCUCGGUCUGCUACCUGAUGAUAUCAGAAAGGAGUUGACAGAUUUUUAUCAGAGCGAGAAGAACCCAAUGAAGCGAUGGGACAGACUUUGCGCUCUGGUUGAACAUAGAAAGUCGAGCAGUAAGAAAGGUGGUCAGUACUUCGAUAAGGAGAUCAUGCUGCAGUACUGUUACCCACGUCUGGACGUCAAUGUCAGUAAGGGAGUCAAUCAUUUACUGAAGAGUCCCUUUAGCGUGCACCCUAAGACAGGUCGAAUCUCUGUGCCAAUAGAUCUGAAAGAACUAGACACGUUUGAUCCUUUCGAUGUCCCUACAAUAAGUCUGAUCUGUGAGGAGCUAGAGAGAUCCAAAGCAGAUGAUGGAGAGGAAGAUGAAAUGAAGGACAAGGAGAAUGAGCAAGAUGCAGGAGAGCGCCGGAGAAUCAGAGACUAUAAGCGCACCAGCCUUGCGAAGUACAUAAGGGUCUUUGAUCGUUUUUUGGACACGUUGGCUCGAUCUUGGAAAGGAGAGAUGCUGAAGCAGAGUGAUCUUCAAAAGGAGUUUUGAAUUGAACCUGCAGCUCACAAGAACACACAUACACCCCUUUCUUCAGAAGAUAUGGACACUU